GCCGUCAACUGGGCAUUUUUACUAAUCUACAUGCUGAAGCGACUCUGAUCAACGAAACAACAUGAUGAUGACUAGCCGGGUUAUGCAAGCGGCUCGAUGCCCUACUGAUGAACUGUCUCUGACAAACUGCGUGGUGGUCAGUGAAAAGGAUGGUUUCCAGUCUGGACAGCACGUGAUUGUGAAAACCAUGCCCAACCACAAGUAUGUGUUCACAGUAAGAACCCACCAGGCUGUGGUGCCAGGAACCAUCGCCUUCAGCUUACCCCAGAGGAAAUGGGCUGGACUGUCAAUCAAUCAAGACGUGGAAGUGAGCCCAUAUAACUUCGAGAAGAGUAAACAGUAUGUGGGAACCAUGACGAUAGAGAUCGACUUCCUGCAGAAGAAAACGGCCGACAGCAACCCCUACGACUCCGACAAGAUGGCUGCUGAGUUCAUCCAGCAUUUUAACAGCCAGGCAUUCAGUGUUGCCCAGCAGUUGGUCUUCAGCUAUUGUGACAAAAUCUUCGCACUCCAAGUGAAGGAGAUCGAAGCCAUGGAUCCCAGCAUUCUCAGGGGGGAGCAGGGCUCCAGUAAGAAACAAAAGAUUGAGAUUGGUUUGAUGCAUGGCAACAGUCAGGUGAUCUUUGAGAAGGCAGAGAAUUCUUCCAUCACUUUGGUUGGGAAGGCCAAGAGCCGCGGGGCACGUCAGUCCAUCAUUAACCCAGACUGGAACUUUGAGCGUAUGGGCAUCGGAGGACUGGAUAAAGAGUUCUCGGACAUCUUCAGACGGGCCUUCGCCUCUCGGGUCUUCCCACCCGACAUCGUGGAACAGAUGGGCUGUAAGCAUGUGAAGGGAAUCCUCCUGUUCGGGCCUCCGGGUUGCGGUAAGACUCUGAUGGCUCGGCAGAUUGGGAAGAUGUUGAACGCCAGAGAGCCGAAGGUGGUAAAUGGCCCAGAGAUACUCAACAAAUACGUGGGGGAGUCUGAAGCCAACAUCAGGAAACUCUUCGCCGACGCUGAGGAGGAGCAGAAAAGGCUGGGAGCUAACAGCGGCCUACACAUCAUCAUUUUUGAUGAGAUUGAUGCCAUCUGUAAGCAGCGCGGCAGCAUGGCGGGCAGCACGGGAGUUCACGACACUGUGGUCAACCAGCUACUGUCCAAGAUUGACGGAGUGGAACAGCUCAAUAACAUUCUGGUCAUAGGUAUGACUAACAGACCUGACCUGAUUGAUGAAGCCUUGCUGAGGCCUGGGAGAUUAGAGGUGAAAAUGGAGAUUGGUCUGCCGGAUGAGAACGGACGCGUUCAGAUCCUGAACAUCCACACGGCGAAGAUGAGACAGUCCAACAUGCUGUCCGGUGACGUGGACGUAAAAGAACUGGCCAUAGAGACAAAGAACUACAGUGGAGCAGAGCUGGAGGGACUGGUCCGGGCCGCCCAGUCCACGGCCAUGAAUCGACACAUUAAGGCCAGUGCCCAUGUUGAAGUGGACACAGAGAAGGCUCAGAGACUCCAGAUUAGCCGAAGUGACUUCUUUGCAUCUCUGAAUAAUGACAUCAAGCCGGCCUUUGGCACGAAUCAGGAGGACUACUCUAGCUAUAUCAUGAAUGGCAUUGUGAAAUGGAGUAACGCAGUAUCAGAGAUUCUGGGAGACGGGGAGCUGCUGGUGCAGCAGACGAAAAACAGCGACCGCACUCCACUGGUCUCUGUGCUUUUAGAGGGUCCACCCCACAGUGGUAAGACUGCAUUGGCUGCUAAGAUCGCUGAAGAAUCCCAGUUCCCCUUCAUAAAGAUCUGCUCCCCCGAUAAGAUGAUUGGACACUCUGAGAUCGCCAAGUGCCAGGCCAUCAAGAAGAUAUUUGAAGAUGCUUAUAAAUCGCAGCUCAGCUGUGUGGUGGUGGAUGACAUCGAGCGUCUUUUAGACUUUGUGCCCAUUGGACCUCGGUUCUCUAAUCUGGUUCUGCAGGCUCUGUUGGUUCUGCUGAAGAAAGCCCCACCUCAAGGUCGUAAACUGCUCAUCCUGGGCACCACCAGCAGGAAAGAUGUCCUCCAGGAGAUGGGUAUGCUGGACACAUUCAGCACCACCAUCCACAUCCCCAACAUCUCCAGAGGAGAGCAUCUCAUGGAGGCUCUGGAGCUGCUGGGCGGCUUCCAGGAGAAGGAGCGUGCCGUCAUUGCCAAGGAGGUUAAAGGCAAGGGCGUGUGGCUCGGGAUCAAAAAACUCCAGAUGCUGAUCGAGAUGGCCCUACAGAUGCAUCCUGAAUACAGAGUUAACAAGUUCUUGGCACUGCUCAGAGAAGAAGGAGCGUUGGGUUCUGAUAAACAUGUGACCAUUUAAGUCCAUAUUCCCAGAGCAUAGCCAAGCAUACGCAAUGCUUCACGUGUCAGAGGAGCAAGUGCCCAGUAUGAGAGCGUGUGUAUGUAUGUUGAGAAGAGAGAGGUCUCUGUCUCCAGCUCUCCAUUCAUUGCACUGUCCAACUCGCUGCAUGUUUCCGUGGUAACUAUGAGGCGCCACCUCCUCCACCUGCCGAACACCAGCUAUGCUCUGGAGUGGGUCGAUUUCAGGGCCUGUCACACCGCAAGCUCCAUCAUCCUACAAAGCUUUAUUCCAGCUCCACUGAAAAACACCCUGUAUUCACAGACCUGCUAACUAAUGAAGGUCAACUCUAGCUUUUGGAGAGUGGAGUCAGAUUUGUCAGAUAAUUGUGAUAACUGGAUCUUUCAGAAGGAUAGAUUUUCGGGGUGAGCGCCGGCGAAACCUGGCCAACUGGACGAAAAAAAUGUACACUGUAUCAGUUCUUUGUGUGUUUGGUUUUAACAGUAACUUCUGUUGAUGGGUAGGUCUUGAGAUGUGUGCAGCUUUGUAGAUGUUUUGUGUGUACAUUGACAUGACAUAUGUGUUUUGUUGUAUGCACUCACUAUGUUUUGAUAAAUUUGCAUACACAUU